CUUGCGCACAGGAAGAUGAUCAUCGUAAGUUAAUGCGCAGCAGAGGAUCCAGUCCGUCCCCAAAACCCUAAACCCCAAAACCCCCCAAAAACAGAGCGCGAACAAUCGAGCUCAGUAGAUCGAAUCGAAAAUGGCGUCUCUAAUUCCCGAAAACCUCCCAAAGUUCACCUCUGAAACCCUCCGUUCCGCCGCCAAACAAUCCCAACGAUGCCACAUCGUCCCCGUCCGUCUCCGUCGAGCCAUCAAACGAUACCUCCGAGAGCAAGAGGAGACUCACAUGAGGAGGAAAGUGUUGAGCUUGUCACAGUCUUUUAACGAUAUAAAGGAUGUGAAUCUUCAGCUCACAGCUUCCACUUCCAAAGAGCUCGUUGAAGAUCCUCUCAAGUCUAUGGAAAGCUCGAAGCGGUGGAAAAUCAAGAGCUCUUAUGGCGACAUUGGUCUCAAAUAUAGAGACGACCAGACCGUCGCUUAUGUCGCUUCUCGAAUGCCCGCCGUCUACUCUGCUUGCCAUAGAGUUCUCAGUGAGGUUCGUAGGAGGCUACCUGGGUUUUCGCCAACAAGGGUAUUGGAUUUUGGUGCUGGUACUGGUUCGGCUAUGUGGGCAGUGCGAGAAGUCUGGCCAAGAUCUCUGGAAAGAAUUAAUUUAGUAGAGCCAUCCCAGUCGAUGCAACGAGCUGGUCAGAGCCUUAUAAAGAAUCUGAAGAAUUUGCCACUUAUUCAUAGCUAUAAUAGCAUUCAGUCACUAACUAAGAAUAUCAAUAAAUCUGACAGAGAGCAUGACCUCGUCAUUGCUUCCUAUGUGCUUGGAGAGAUAGCAUCACUGCAGGACAGAAUCACCAUUGUGCGCCAGCUUUGGGAUCUUACACAAGAUGUUCUGGUUUUGGUGGAACCUGGAACACCGCAUGGAUCUAACAUCGUAUCUCAAAUGCGGUCUCAUAUCUUAUGGAUGGAAAAAAGGAAACGCCGCAAAUUAGAAAAUGCAUUUGACGAAACUUCUAAGGAUUUGGUGGAUCUUAAGACUGGGGCCUUUGUUGUUGCUCCAUGUGCUCAUGAUGGACGUUGUCCUUUGGAUAAUACUGGAAAAUAUUGUCAUUUUGUUCAGCGUUUGGAGAGGACAACAUCACAGCGUGCAUACAAGCGAUCGAAAGGGGAGCCUUUACGUGGUUUUGAAGAUGAGAAAUUUUGUUUUGUUGCUUUUAGGCGAGGUCAACGGCCAAGAGAACUAUGGCCGCUUGAUGGUAUGAAGUUCGAAACUUUGAAGGAGCAGCAUGCUAAAAGAAAUCCAGAGGAUCUUGAAAUUGACUACGAGGACCAAUUCAAGUCAGAAGGUGAGGACGUUCCAUAUGAAGACGAUCCAAUUUCUUAUGAUUCUGAUAUUAUAGAAACAGAUGCGAUCUCUGAGAAUGAUGAAGAGGAAGAGGAAGAGGAACAAGAAACAGCUAGUGCUGAUCUUGGCAGUGGUUGGGGCAGAAUCAUUUACACUCCUGUUAGGAGGGGCAGGCGGGUUGAAAUGGAUGUCUGUCGAGCAACCAGUCGUGAUGGCUCCGAGGGCUCGUUUGAGCGCAUUGUUAUUACUCAAAGUAAGAAUCCUACAUUGCAUCAUCAAGCCCGAAGAUCUCUUUGGGGGGAUUUGUGGCCCUUUUGAUACUGUAAUUGUUAUCAUUUUCAUACAGACUGAAAUCAAAACUAGUUCCUGCAUCAAAGUUCGGCACCAAAAAUUCUCCAACAUUGUCUCCUAGAGUAUGACAAGCAGAACAUUACAAGGCUAAUUGUUAUCAUUAUAUUGUAUGUUUUUGUUUUUUGUUUUUUAAUUUUACAAUUGUAAAUGUGAAUCCUUUUUUUUAAAUCAUCAAACUUUCUCGCUCUCCCCAAUUUUUGUUUGUAUUUUGAAUUUAUAAAUAGGAAUGGGUUAAUUGUUGUUGCAAAGGUGUUACCUAACUCUAGCACCGUCAAUUUGUUUAGUGAAGUUGGGUCGAUGGAUGGGUUGAA